GUAAAUCCACAGCCUGUAAGUGAGCUGCUUUUUAUUAUAAUUAUUUUAUUUAUUGUUUUGGUUUUUGCUUUCGUGGAGCUCCGCGUUCAGACGCACCCGCAGCCAUGCCUGAGACGACGCAAGAGACUCCGGCCAAGGACUCGCCUUUCUUCAUUAAGAACCUGCUGAACUGUGAUAAACCGUCCAAGCCCAAACCCACGCUGACUGCCACCAAGGCGGCCCUGGAGGGAGGAUUUUCCCUUUCUCAGGUGGAAGGGUUCAGCUUUCCGCGCUUCGACGUGCCCGCGCAGAGAUUCACCUUACCGGCGCACUACUUGGAGCGCACCUCGGCGUGGUGGUACCCCUACACCCUCAGCUCAGCUGCUCAUCUGCACAGGAGCGAAGUUACGGAGAAACCAGCAGUCAGAGAUUCCUCUCCAACCUCCGGCACCGACAGAGACUCUCCAGACCUGGUGCUUAAAUCCGAGCCGGACGCCAAAGACGAGGACGAGGACGACGAGCACAACAACACGAAGAGCAGCGACGAGAUCAUCCUGGAGGAGAGCGACGCGGAGGAGGCCAAGAAGGACGAGCUGGACGAGUGGAAGAAGAGGGACGACGACAAGAAGCCGUGCCGCAAGAAGAAGACGCGCACGGUGUUCUCCAGGAGCCAGGUGUUCCAGCUGGAGUCCACCUUUGACAUGAAGCGCUACCUGAGCAGCUCGGAGCGCGCGGGCUUGGCCGCGUCCCUCCACCUGACCGAGACGCAGGUGAAGAUCUGGUUCCAGAACCGGAGGAACAAGUGGAAAAGGCAGCUGGCCGCCGAGCUGGAGGCCGCCAACCUGAGCCACGCCGCCGCGCAGAGGAUAGUCCGCGUGCCCAUCCUCUACCACGAGAACUCUGCCUCGGAGGGCGCGGGCGCCGCCGCCAACGUGUCCGCGAGCCAGCCGCUGCUGUCCUUCCCGCACCCCGGCGUGUACUACUCCCAUCCCCUCGUGACAUCUGUGCCGCUGCUCAGACCCGUCUGAGAGCAGAGCGCGUGGCACAGGUGCGUGUCCCAUAACUUAUCAGAACAGAAGAAGAAGAAAAAAAAAAAAAA